AUGGUACGACAAUUCAAUCAGCUUCGAAACUACUCUACGCGUAGUGAUUCUUUCAACAGUAUCAUUACGAAAUGUACAAUUGCAGGAUACAAUGGUCCUCUUUCGAAUACAACCUACGCAUUGAAAGAUAACAUCGUGACCAAGGAUUUCCUCACCACAGCAGCCUCUCACGCAUUAUACAAUUAUCAGUCACCGUUUGAUGCUACUGUUGCUAAGCUACUAUCUGAUAAUGGAGCUACAUGUAUUGGUAAGGCCAAUUUAGAUGAAUUUGGAAUGGGGUCAUCUAAUCUAAACUCGUACUAUGGGGCGGUCGUUAAUCCUUUCAAUGAACAAGCUGUUCCCGGUGGCUCUUCGGGUGGCUCUGCGGCAGCUGUUGCAGGAAAUAUUGCCAGUUUUUCCAUUGGAACUGAUACCGGUGGAUCAAUCAGAUUACCCGCUAGCUACUGUAAUGUAUUUGGUUUCAAACCGACGUAUGGGCGUAUUUCUCGAUGGGGUGUGAUAUCGUAUGCACAAACGCUAGAUACAGUGGGUAUUAUUAGUAACAACAUUGACCUAGUGGAGAAGGUAUAUGAUGUGUUGAAUGUCGAAGACCAAAACGAUCCAACCUCACUCCCUGAGUCGGUAAGAAAUAGUAUGCAAACUACUCAAGAAUUUUCACAAUUGACAUUUGGGGUACCACUGAAUUUCUUGUUUGAAGAAGUUUCAGAGCAAGUUCGAUCAAAAUGGAUCGAGGUGUUGGAAGGUCUCAUUGAUCUUGGACAUAGAGUGAAAUUCAUUUCAGCUAAAGCAAUAAGAAAAGCGUUGCCUGUUUAUUAUACCAUCGCUACAUCGGAAGCUGCUUCUAAUUUGGCCAGAUAUGAUGGAACUAGAUACGGCUACACGUCAAAGCCAUUGAAUGUCAAUGACAAUCCAAUGGAAUUGGUAUUUAAAAACAGGACAGAAUCUUUUGGUCCGGAAGUACGAAGAAGAAUACUAUUGGGAAACUACACACUAAGCUCUGAGUCGGGCGAUCAUUAUGCAAAAGCCACUGAGCUACGCGAAAAGUUGACUAGAGAAUUAUCGUCCGUAUUCAAAAUGAAGCACCCUCUUCUUCAAGACCUUUAUAAUGAAGACGGCUGUGAUUUGAUCAUAUCACCAACAGCAAUGGACAUCGCUCCUUCGGUGAAAGAGAGCACUACAAAGAACGCGGAGAAUUUAAUCAAUGAAUACAUCAAUGACAUUUUUACAGUGCCCAUCUCACUUGCUGGCUUGCCAGCAAUUUCUGUGCCCUUCAACGGUAUAGGUAUCCAAGUGGUUGGACAAUACGGUGACGAUAAACUUGUUCUACAUGCAGCAAGGCUAAUCAAAUGA